GCUGCACAGUCAGACAUGAGGCACAUCCUUAAGCCUCUCUGCAUCCUCAGGUAUGAUGCCGGCAGGGAUGGCUUCAUCGACCUGAUGGAACUGAAACUCAUGAUGGAGAAACUGGGGGCCCCCCAGACUCACCUGGGCCUGAAGAGCAUGAUCAACGAGGUUGAUGAGGAUUUUGACAGCAAACUCAGCUUCCGGGAGUUCCUUCUGAUCUUCCGCAAGGCAGCAGCAGGAGAGUUGCAGGAAGACAGUGGCCUGCACGUCCUGGCCCGCCUCUCUGAGAUCGAUGUCUCCACAGAGGGUGUUAAGGGUGCCAAGAACUUCUUCGAGGCCAAGGUCCAGGCCAUCAACGUGUCCAGCCGCUUUGAAGAGGAGAUCAAAGCUGAGCAAGAGGAAAGGAAGAAGCAGGCUGAGGAGGUGAAGCAGCGGAAGGCGGCCUUUAAGGAGCUACAGUCCACCUUCAAGUAGCCAGGGCUAAGGCCCAGACCUGGCCCUGCCCGGAGAGCAGUCUGGGGACAUGGGUGGGUACAGGAGACCUAUGGGAGACAAGCCUGAGUCCUGGUCUGUGGGGGCCAGGACCACUACUAAACUCUAAACUGUC